GAUCACAUGCAGAGAUACCUUCGGCAGCCAAAGUAUCUGUCAUCUGAGGUUUUUGAUCUUUUUGCAUAGAGAUUCUGACAUUUUAAAUUGGUUUCUGUCUUUUGCCUUCUAAAGGUAUAGUCUAGCAGCUGCGCUCAUAUCUAAGGCUUUUUCCCCACAUCUCAUAAUGAACUUGAGUGGAAUCAGUGCUCUUGUAACGCUAAUAUGCUCUUUUAACGUUCCGGGACUGUGUGUGGCUGGAGAGUGCGGUAAAGGUCAGAUGAUAGAUCCCAAAAAAGGGUGUGCUGACUGUACCGAAAAGACUUUCCAGCCAACACCAAAUGAUUCACAGUUUUGUAAGGCAUGUACCCUCUGUAACAACAAGCAUUGGAGUGUAGAGGUGAAGAAGUGCACAAGGAUUAUGGACACAACUUGCGAAUGCCAGGAUGGAUUUGUCCCUACAAAUGACAAAUCUUCUGCAUGCAAGUGUGAAAAGGGAUCAGGAGUGAAUCAUGUGAAAGGACAACCAAUAUGCCGUAAGUGUGAGAACGGAUUCUUCACAUCAGAAAAGGACAAUUAUUGUGUUGAAUGGAAAAAAUGUAGUAGUGGAGUUAGAGUGAAUGGCAGUAAGACGUCGGAUGUGGUCUGCAACAAUAAUUCAGAAAUUCAAGAAUUCAGGAUUCCCCCCACUGCACCCCCCUCUCCUCUCACCAUCCAGACGAGAUUCUCCGAGAGACCCCCUCUUGAGCUGACUUCUCCUACCUUUAUAUCAACCCCCUCCAAAAACGAGAAUGGUAGUUCAAAUACAAACCUCAAUUCUGGAACAUUACCCUCGACCUUAAGCUUAAUCUUUGGACUUACUCUGCUGGUGUUGGUUUUCCUGACCUACAAAUUUACCAUCACUCCUUGUGUUGAAAGCUACAAGUUGCCAAUAGUAAAAACAGCUCAGGACUCAUGUCGAAGGCCAGUUGAGGAAAGUGGGGACAGUAAUCUCUCCUCUCUGGUUAAAUCAGGUGCUGAGGAACCAUGAUAGAACAGAUACCAUCCAAGAAAAAGAAA